AUGUCGCUUGCCGCGCAGGAGUGGGAAGAUUCAGAAGAGUCUUCGAAUGUGAAUCUCGAGAUAUCCAGGCUGACUACCUUGUCCGAAAAAGAAGAGAACAUCACACUUUCGGCUAACCAGUUACAACAUGUUAACAUCGUAUCAACCAUCGUCACGUUGCUUCAUCGGUCUUUUAUUAAGGGCUGCCGUGACGUUGUUGCAUACGGCAUUCGAGUUGCAAUGUAUCUUGGCCUGGCUAUCAUGGAGGGUACUGUCUGGCUGCGGCUUGGGACUGGCCAGGAAAAUAUUCAGCCAUACAUUAAUGCUCUGUUCUUUUGCUCCGCUUUCAUGUCAUUCAUGGCGGUUGCAUAUGUGCCUUCGUUCCUUGAAGACCGCGCAACGUUCAUCAAAGAGCGAGCCAAUGGUCUCUAUGGCGCAACUUCAUUCGUGAUAUCCAAUUUCCUCAUCGGAAUGCCAUUUUUAUUCAUGAUCACGAUAAUAUUCUCUGUUGUAGCUUACUGGCUUGUGAACUUCCGCUCGGGCGCAGACACCUUCUUCACACUGGUUAUGUGGCUCUUCCUCGACCUGCUUGCCGCUGAGUCCCUUGUCGUCAUGAUAGCGUCUCUAUUCCCUAAUUUUGUGGUUGCUUUGGCCCUCACAGCCUUCACAAACGGUAUCUGGAUGAGCGUUGGCGGCUUUAUGGUCGCCCCAGCAAUCCUGAACGUGUUCUGGAGAUAUGUCUUCCAUUAUAUAGACUACCAGACGUAUGUAUUCCAAGGGAUGAUGGUGAACGAGUUUUCUGGCCGUGUCUUCGACUGCGGCAAGUCGUGUCAGUGCAUGUACGCCAGCGAGCUUGCGUCUCAGUGCCAGAUAUCAGGAAAGGGUAUUCUGAACUCAUUCGGAUAUGCCACCGACAAGCAGUCACAAUGGGCAGGAAUCCUCAUUUCUAUCACUGCAGUGUAUCGGAUCCUGGGAUGGAUCGUCCUGUACAUGAAGAAGACUUGA